AUCCGGUCUUCUGGUUGUUAAACCGCAAGCAUGGCGCGGCAGCGGCAGCGGCACGCCUCCAGCAGCUCGGCCGCUGUUCAGGCCACGACAGUCAAUGAAGCUGAGCACUUCUAUGGUGAGCCACGCCCAUUCGAUCCUUUCUUCAGGGGUCCCGUCCAUCGAAGAAGCUGCACCGAUGUGUUCUGCUGUUGGAUCUUUCUCCUUGCCGUUCUUUCAUACGGUGCCCUUGGAAUAGUGGCCCGGUUCCACGGUGACCCCAGGAAGGUGCUCCUUCCAACAAACAGUUACGGCGAGUUUUGUGGUCAGAAGGGAACCUCCAAUGCGAAGAAGCCCAUUCUCUUCUAUUUCAACAUCUUGAAAUGUGCCAACCCUUCUCUUCUCAUCAACCUGCGGUGCCCAACAACUCAAAUGUGUGUGUCACGGUGCCCAGACAAAUUUGCCACUUAUACCGAGAUGCAACGGGAGCACAAAGCGGGCAACGGUUCCUGGCAGUAUUACAGCCAGUUCUGCAAACCUGGUUUUAAUAACCCUGACAAGCCGCUAUCGGAGGUUCUGCGAGACGAGGAUUGUCCCUCGGUGAUUGUGCCAAGUAGACCAUUUCUCCAACGAUGUCUACCAGAUGUGAUCGCUCGUAACGGGACGGCGACGGUGGCCAAUAAGACGAGGUUCCAAGAUGCUCUCGAAACGGCGCGCAGUGUCACCGAGCUCCAAGAUGCCGCCGAAGGCAUCAGAGGACUCGCGGAGCCUCGGCAGCUGGCCCUGAAGAUCGUGGAAGACUACGCCAAGUCUUGGCCGUGGAUUGUUGGAGGUCUAGCGGUGUCCUUGUUGUUUAGUCUGGCCUUUAUCGUACUCUUGAGAUUCACAGCCGGGCUGAUGUUGUGGGCGACAGUCAUCACUGUCAUGCUGCUCCUCGCACAUGGUCUGUGGCACUGCUCGGUGGCCUUCGCCGCACUGGGACGCACUCGAGGUUCUGACGUCUCCAUCGCGCAAGUUGGACUGCAGACGGAUCUCAGAGUCUAUCUACAGCUCAGAGAAACUUGGAUCAUUUUAUUGGUGGCACUUGGAGUGACAGAGGUUUCGAUCUUGUUGAUCCUUGUCAUCAUGAGGAGGAGGGUCAAGUUGGCCAUUGCCCUGCUCAGAGAGGCCAGCAAAGCCGUCGGCCACGUCGUGUCAACCCUCUUCUACCCGCUCGUAACUUUUCUCUUGCUGACUGUUUGUAUUUCCUACUGGGCGGUGACCGCUGUUUACUUGGCAUCCUCCGGUGACGCCGUCUAUAAGGUGGUGUGCCCUGAUGGAAGCUGUCCGCAUUCCAACAGCACUUGCAACCCGCAGACUUUCAACAGAAGCGACGUCUCCAAAGAAACGACGUGCGCUGGUUCUCAGUGCCUAUUUGCAUUUUACGGCGGAGAGACAGCCUACCACCGUUACAUCUUCCCGCUCCAGAUGUCCAACUUGCUGAUCUUUCUAUGGCUGGUCAACUUCGGCUCGGCCCUGGAACAAUGCACGCUCGCCGGGACGUUUUCCAGCUACUACUGGGCCAAGAGGAAGCCCGAGGACAUCCCUCCUUGCCCGCUCUUGUCGUCCUUCGGCAGGGCACUCAGGUAUCACACGGGCUCUUUGGCCUUUGGGGCUCUCGUUCUCUCGGUUGCCCGUCUUUUUCGGAUGACGCUGAAAUACUUGGAGAAGAAACUGAAAGGGGUUGAUGGCGGCCCUUGCAGGUUUAUCCUGUGCUGCCUCACAUGCUGUUUCUGGUGUUUGGAAAAAUUCAUUCGCUACCUGAACCAAAACGCUUACAUCAUGGUGGCAAUCGAUGGCAAGAACUUCUUGAGGUCGGCUCAAGAGGCAUUUUUCCUUCUCAUGAGGAACGUGGUCAGGGUUGCAGUUGUGGACAGAGUGACUGAUUUUCUGUUGUUUUUGGGAAAGGUAAUGAUAGCAGGAGGAGUCGGUGUGUUAACGUUGCUUUUGCUCACCAAGAAGAUUGCUCUUUUCCAGGAAGAAGUCCCCCAUCUCCACUACUAUGAGGUUCCUCUCAUGACAACCGUGCUGGGCGCCUACCUGAUCGCUGAUGGUUUCUUCGGUGUUUACGCCAUGUGCGUCAACACGUUUUUCCUCUGCUUCUGUGAUGACUUGGAGCGAAAUGAUGGGAGCCCAGCAAAACCUUACCUCAUGUCACCGGAGUUGCACAGGAUUCUGGGGAAAGCUUCCCGCUCACGUUGAAGCCAAUCCUUGCGGCGGGAACUGCGGAUGGAUUGGACAAACGACACGGGAACCUUUUUGUCGGAUUCUCUUCACGCUUCUGGCUCGGAGGCAGUCACAAGCGGAAGGACCUUGGAAUCAUCACUUCCAUUCAACUCGAGACGAAUGACGUUGACUGCCAUUUGGAAGCGGCUUUCAUCAUGUCCAGAGUCUGGAAUAAUGCGAACGUGCGAUUUUCUCCCCGUUUGCUCAGCCACGGAAUGCUCGGUUCCCUUGUCAAAGAUGCUCUUCGAAUGUUUCUUGAAGCCGGGUCGUCAUUGUUUCAAUCCUCCACUCGGCGAGGUCGUCGUACAGCAAUGCGCGAGGCACUUCCUCUUGCAUCAAUGAGGCCACGUUGGAGGUGCGUCGGGCAUGACCGCGCCGUCGGAAGAAGUCGAUCUUUAGCAAUGCGGACAGUUUUAGUCCUUUUUGAAGAAUGUCGUACAUUUGUAAUUGCGAAAGGAAAGUUUGGCUGCUUGAUUAGAUCUUCAAAGGCCUAAUAAAUAGGCAAUGUGACCGCGGUCUCGAAAACAUGAUCGUUUAUUUUUAAUAGGCUCAAUAGUUUUACGUCAUGAAUUGGACUUUGUACUCAAUAAGACUAAUGACUCAUCUCGUUGGAGUUAAGACUGGACGCUGACUUUUAACGGCCCUUUCGACAUCGGUGGGUCAGUCAGCGGUCAGUCGCAGGGCACUUGCAGAGAGCCAUCGACAGCCACGGCCGCACCUUCACUGAGUGGGAACCCAUCCCACGCUGUUCGCUCUCAAAUCAGGCGAGUGGACCACUACACCAUCGGCGACGCCUGCACACGUCACUAAAUGUCAAAUUGAAUCACAGUGAGUCACAGUAGCGGUGCUCUUUGUUCAGAAAAGCCACAAGUGUCACUUAUAAAUUUCAGGAUCCGCUUAGUACCGAUGCAUAACAACCACGCUGCUGCUCCGACUACAACUAUUCCAGUCAUGACAAUAUCACAUAAGAAAAUACUGCGAUUGGCUGGCAAUCGGUUCAGGGUGUCCCCCGCCUACUGCCUGAAGACAGCUGGGAGAGGCU